GCAUGUUUUGUUUUUGACAUCUGCUAUGUGGAUUUGACUGCUUCUUUGCUUGUUUGACUUGUUAAAAGCCAAAAUGGGUUGGUUUGUGGAUAGUGUUUAGUUUUGCCAAUGCCAUUUUUAGGCCUAUGUUUCGGCCUGUGCAGCUGCUGUCCUCGGUGCUCUCCAGCGCCAGGACUGGUGUUCUAUCAGCGCAGUCCACAUUCACUUUAACCCGCUGCAGAUUCAUCAGUAAAGGGCCAAACAACCAGCCCUGGGCCCGUAGCAGACACCGAGAUGAGAUAUCAAAUGAGGAGGAUGAGCUGGAGGAUGUAGAGGACAAGUUCCAACGCGUAGUAAACAAAGAGGUGAAGCGACAGAAGACCGUGAAAUAUCACAUCCUAAGAAGGAAGAUGACUCCUAGCGGACCACCAGAGAGAAAGUUAACAUGGGAAGCCAUUGAAGAAAUCAGAUAUUUGAAACAAGAGCAACCAGAGGAGUGGACUGUGGAUCGUCUGGCUGAGGGAUUCUCUGUGAGCAAAGAUACCAUCCUCAGAGUGCUUAGGAGCAAAUUUGUACCAAGCCCUGAACGAAAAGCAAAGCAGGACACUCAAGUUCUGGUGAAGCUCAAACAGCAGGCAUUGCCUUCAAAAGCCCAAGUGGAGCAAGAAAAACAAAGACUACCUUCAGCUGGCACAAAGGCAGUGCUCGCUUUGGGGAACAGAGAAAGUGCAAUGGUUCCUGCUGUACAUCAAAAUAUGAUCGCUCAAACUGAACCAAAUCCUCCUGUUGCUCUCAAUGUUGUGACCAAACAGCCAUUUUCAUAUAUCACCAAACACUCUACAGAUCUGUCCCUAAAGGAAAACCAGUCAAUGGAAAGCAGCAAUGAGGAGGAGGAUGGGGAAGAGGGUUGGGAUGGACAGGUUUUAUCAGAGGAUGACAUUGAAGAGUUGAUGACAACUAUUAAGUCUACUCCUGUUGUUAAAGAUGGUAAUGAGUUUUUUGAUGGCAAUGGGAAUUUUUUGUAUAGAAUAUGA